UGGACUUUGGUGGAUGCAACACGAUCAGACUUUGGUCCAGCAGCUUCCAAACUGUCUCACUGAAGAACACACAACAUCUCCUUAGACAUGGGAGAUAGGUACAACGGUUACCCAUAUGAGUACUAUUACCCCUAUGAGCUGGAACCUUUCAUUUCAAACACCGUACGUGUGACAUCAUGGAUUGCCAUCUCCAUCGGCCUUCCUUUGAUCUUGGCGGCCCUCUGCUCUCUGUAUUCCAUGGUUCGAGAAAACCAUGUUGCUCCAAUUUUUGUCAUGAACCUCUUCCUCUCUGACCUCAUCCAGAUGUGCUGCUUUGUCAUGUGGCUGGCAGCACCCAAGGAUUUGAACAUCAUUUCAACCUCUGGUCAACUUUACUAUGUUGGUUUGAUGGCCAGUGUUGGCUUCAUGGUGUGUGUAGCCAUGGAAAGGUAUACAGUCAUUGCCUGCCCACUGUGGUUCCGCUUCAGAAGAAACAUCAGCUUCUCUCUGCUGAUCUGCAUCAUAGUCUGGUGCAUCCCCUUGGUCCACACCUUUCUCAACAACAUAUCAUCUCGUCCAUUGAGCCCACAUAUCCUCCUGUCCAUCUACCUCCUCCUGCCCUUUCCCCUGCUCAUCUUCUUCCUGGCUGGGACCCUCAAAGCCCUGUCCUCCUCCAUCUCUGUCCCCUCUGAGGAAAAACGGCGAAUUGUGGGAACCUUGGUUCUGGUGCUGCUCAAUUACACACUGCUGUUUGCUCCCUUGAUCAUUUUGUUUCUGAAUAAGGAACAUGAGCGCUUUUCUUCACCAUCAUGUAAAACUGUCCCCUUUGGUCGUGAUGUGCAAUUAAUCUUCGUUCAGCUGAGUCCCCUUAUGGACUUGGUUCUGUAUGUUUUUGUGAAGAAAGGGUCUGUAGACAAGCUGCUAGCCUUCCUGUGUCGAUGCAGAAUGACCACAGAGCAAGAGCAGGGGCAGGUCUCCACUGUGGACAGCAGCACUCUCCACACAGUCAGCUCCAUGCAGACAGAGGAGGACAGGGAGAGGGAGACGGGGAAAGGAGGGGGAAAGUGA